AUGUUGUCCAAGACUCUUCUUCCUCUCCUUGCCGCCUCCGGCAUCGUCUCUGCUGCGCAGACCAAGACCUUUGGCAGGAACCUCGUCCGCCGUGCCGACUUCCCUAUCCCCGACUCCCAGGGCUCCGUCACCUACGACGCGGCUGAGGAGAUCGACGGCGAGUUCGACGGUGGCUACAAGACCUACGGCCGUGGUGUUUCCUGCACUGGUCAGGAGGAGGGUGGCGACUCGGACGCCGUCUUCAUCCUCAAGGACGGUGCCACGCUCAAGAACGCCAUCAUUGGUUCCGACCAGAUCGAGGGUGUUCACUGCGAGGGUUCCUGCACCAUCGAGAACGUCUGGUGGGAGGCCGUCUGCGAGGACGCUCUCUCCCUGAAGGGCGACGGUGACGCUACCGUCUCGGGCGGUGGUGCCACCGGUGCUGAUGACAAGGUCAUCCAGCACAACGGUGUCGGCUCCGUCAGCAUCGACGGCUUCACCGUCGUCGAUUUCGGCAAGCUCUACCGCUCUUGCGGCAACUGCGACGAGAUGGGCGAGCGCAAGGUCACCGUCAGCAACGUCAGCGCCUCCUCCGGCAAGGUCCUUACCGGCAUCAACUCCAACUACGGCGACACUGCCACCAUCACCGACACCUGCGCCACCGAUGUCAAGGAGGUCUGCGUCGAGUACGAGGGCAACGACACUGGCGACGAGCCCGAGGAGAUCUCCUCCGGUGUCUCGGAUGCCUGCAUCUACUCCGACCCUCUCCCCGAGUGCUAG